AUCCGGGUCCGGGCGGGAGGUAAUGAUGCGUCUUGCAACCGUCACAUCACCGAUGGGGCAAAUGUGGGCAAUGGUCACAUGCCAUCCACGGAGGUACGUGACCUGCUGGGUUCUUGGUACGUGACUUGGUACGUGACUUGGUACGUGACUCUAUGGUUCUUGGUCGAUAUUCUCAGCGGCUCUGGAAGUGCAUGCGCACGGUUCGUGUUUUGUUAACACGCAAACCGGCUGAGACUCCGAAGGGAUCUGCCUGAGGACCCCAGCUGGUGCACGGAGCCGGGCCCAGCCCCCGCUUAUUCUCUGUGGACCCAAAGCCGUGGGAUGCAGCCUCUGUGUCCUGGUUCGGUAGCAGCCUACACCUUCUUCCCCAGAUUCCAGCAAAUUGUGGAGCAAAACAGUCGUCAUGUUCGCAGCAGCGUCUUCGCUCUGCAAGGACAGAAACAAAGCCCAGCCGGAGCCCGGCUGAGGCGGCAGCGAGACGGAGAUCCACACGGGGCGUUCCCAGGGCUCCCUGCCCUGUGGGCUGGCGGCUGGCUGCAGGGGGCCUCUGGUGAGCUCCGGCACCCUGUUUCUCUGAACAAGGAUAACCACUUCCACCUGCUCGCCAUGGAGGGGAGCAACUCAACCCUCGGUGCACAGAGGCCCAGGGAGGGCAAGGGGUGUUCUCGGAGUCUUGCAGUGACUGAUGGCAGCUGGGGUGCCCCCACGUCUGGAAAGCCCGGGGCGGGGAAUCAGGAGAUGCAGGGCUGUGUAUGGGCUCCAACGGCCGGGAUUAAAACCCAGUGUUGCCCCGGCUCACUGUCUUCUGCUUCCUUACCCACGGAAACGGGCAUCGUUACAACCACGUCAGGGGCUAUGGGCGCCGACUACGUGAAGCUCGCGCUGUCUCGGGCUUCUGCCCAGCACAGACCCGGUAAUGAGUGUUGGGGCUUCAGUGGGGACAGUGUCAGGCCCCCACAAAUGCAGAAUGCGACUCCUUCUGUCUGAGGGACCUUAAGAUUGUCCCAUCAUUUAAACAUCUUAAGUAGAGGCUCCCUGGUCAAAGGCAGAUGUUCGAGUCAAACCAACCUGAGUAUCCUGUGUAAAUUACACUCAAGAAAGCUGCUUUCCUAAAGACGCCCCGAGAUGGGCCAGGUUGGAGACUCCUGCUGACAGACGGACCUCACGCUGUGUGGGGAAGCUGGAGCCGCAGCACGCUGUGUGGAGGGCAGUUUGGACGAGUCAUGAAACUUAGUGAUGCAGCUGCCCCUGGGUCGGGCCAUCGCCGCAGCAGUGGCCGGUGGUGCACUGGGGCCUCCAAGCGUGGUGGCCACCCUGGGCCGGGAGGGCGGGUCCUGCGCUACAAAACCUGCCGUGUGCCCCCGAGGGUGGGGUGUGGGUGAGGUGACCUCAUAACCACUUCUGUACCUUGAGGGGAGACUCCCCCAGGCCUGCGGGGGCCGGGGGGUGGCAGCCAGUGUGCUCCAGGCUCAGGCUCCGAAUCCGGCAGACCCCCAUGUCCGUCCCAGCUGUGCCACCGACUAGCUGCGUGGACACAAGUCAUGUUGCUUCUUUGAGCUGCCGUUCUCUGGAGUUCACUGCAGAGGAGGCCUCCCACCCUGAAGCACCGGUGAGAGGGGCCAUGAGGUCCCAGGAGGCGCCCGGCUCUGUGUCUGGUGCCUAGCUAGAGAGCACGGCCUGUGAGCAGCAAAGCUUUCCUCUUCUCCCAUUUCUCUGUGACUCACUGUCCUUGUCUUUGUCCCUUCAGCCCUCCCCGCUUGUCGUCGUGGGUGCCGCACGCUGGUUGUCACGCCCCGCGCUGGUAAGAGCAAACCUCAGACACGGGACCGGAGGCAUUGCUCACAUCUCUACCGGAAGCUCCUGCCUGCCCGGCCCCCAGCCCUGCCUCCCUCCCUCCCUGCCUCCAGGGUCUGCGGGGCUGCCUUGAUUCUUGCCUUUGGCUCCUGGAUUUCCCCCACUUCCCUCCACGGCCCCCCGCCAACCCCCCAGUAUGGCUUGGGUUUAACUCACAGCCCUGGUGUUGGCUUCUUUUCCCAGCUGGGGAUGCCCCCCACCCGCCCUCCCUUGUCGCCUCCGGAGAGCAGAGGGUAAAUCACUCGCUACCUCCUCUAGGAGUAUCAACGGCAAUGAGCUUCUAACAAACGAAACGAAAAAAGCCCCAAACAAACCCCAACCAAAAACUCUGUUUCAAGAGAAUUACGGAUGUGCAGAAGGUUGGGAAAACAACACAGGGAGACUGUGUCCCCGCCACCCAGCUUCUUCCUAGGGGCUGCGUGGCACCAUGGCAGGACUCUUCCAGUGUGUGACCCUCAGGGCGAGGACCUGGUAAGAAAGGGAUGUUUAGAAGUUCACACUUGUCCUUGCAAAUCUGCUCAAUCUGCCCGAAAGGCCUGGUCUUCUCUUCUCCUGUCACGGUCCAUAAAGUGCCCUUCACCAGCCGCGACCCAAGUGAGCUCCAGUCAAGGUGGACUUUACCAGGAAGAUCCUGGCUGCGCCCGCGUCCACAGGAAGUCUGGAGAGAAGAUCCAGGACGAGGACCGGGGUGCCCAGACCCCCGGCCGGCCCCUCAGGAGUUUCCCACAUCACACAAAACCAGAAUGAGGGGGACCUGCCUCUUCUUUUCUGUUUGACUCCUCUUCUUAAUGGCAGCGUCAAAGUGGUUGGUGAGUGAAUUGAGCUUUUAAAAUCACGG